AUGACCUUUCACCCUGAUAGCCUCCCCGAUCUCACUGGGAGAGUGUACAUUGUUACAGGUGGUAACUCUGGCAUGGGACUCUACACCGUUUCCCAUCUAGCGAGACAUGGUGCCCACGUCUAUAUGUGUUCACGAUCUCGCGACAAAGGAAACAAAGCUAUUGCUGGGAUUCAAAAAGAUCACCCUUUAACCAAAAUUGACCUAUUGCAAAUCGAUUUGAUGGAUCUGGCAAGUGUCGUUGCGGCCGCUAAGCACUUCCUCUCACUCGAGACAUCCCUCCACGGCCUCGUCAACAACGCAGGCAUCAUGGCUACCCCGUUUCAGAUCACCAAGGAUGGGCAUGAAGCUCAGUGGGAGACAAACUAUCUUUCCCACUGGGUCUUUACAGAGCAUCUCCUUCCAGUGAUGCUGAAAACAUCAAAGUCAUCACCCCCCGGAAGUGUGCGCAUUGUCAACCUCUCCUCAUCUGGUCAUCUAAUGGCCCCCAAGAACGGCAUCAACUUCGAAGACACAUCCCUCAGAGAUGCAAACGUCUGGGAACGUUACGGUCAUAGCAAACUUGCCAAUAUUCUGCACACCAGAGCCCUACACAACAAAUACGGCCCUGGCUCAGGUAACAAAGAAGGCGAGAUCUGGGUGACAUCAGUGCAUCCCGGCCUUGUAGAGACAAAUCUCUCAUCGAGUGUGGAUUCAGCUGAGACUGGGAGUUUACGACUGAUGUCAAUGCUGAGAUGUAUGAGACUGCUAUGGACUGCGGAUCGAGGCUCGUGGAAUAGUCUUUUCUGCGCGGCGAGUCCGGAUAUGAAACCUGAACAGAGUGGAGAGUAUAUGGAGAUUUACCAUCGGCUGUUUGAGCCUUGGUGGCAAAAUAGUGCGGCGAAGGAUGAGGAACUGGCGAAGAAGUUGGAUGAAUGGACGAGGGAGACCAUGACAAAGGAGGGAUGGGUUCAGUAG